CUACCUCACUAUACAGCACGUUAUACGCGAGCGUGCUUCGUCACAAGUCUAGCACAUAAGCAGACAUACACAUAUAAACACAUAGAUCGCUCACAAAUAGCGCCAAUAAAUUACGCCGAGUUCAAGAUUCAGUUCGUACAAGCGCUAUGGCAUAUCGAGGGUUGACAUUCUUCGUAUAUUCUGAUGAUGCGGAACGCCACUACCGCGCGCACAGCGCGUGGCACACUGAGAUGAACAAUGCGAGGGCAGUGGUGUGCAUGGUAGAGCUGUCAGAGGCUCCAGACAGGACAAAUUUGGAACCUGCCCGAAUUGUACACAUAGUGGAGGAUUUCGAAUCGUCUCUGUUUGAAACUAUCAUGCGGACACGCGCCCGAGAAGAACGAGUGGUUGGGCCCGAAUGCGCUAUGGAUUGUCUCUUAGACGAAGUUCCUGAGUUGCCUCACACGCCUACCUUCAACCUUUGUCUGCGAGGCAUAACCGUAUGCUGUACUGGAAUUGCGCUUCAGGAUAGGAAGGUGCUACAUAACAAGAUUCAAUGGCUUGGGGGAACAGCGCAAGCAGCUUUGAAUAAACAGUGCAACUAUCUUGUAGCAGGAGGAAAUUCUACAACUGACAAGAUUAAAAUGGCAAUCAAAUGGGCCAUUCCGGUGGUCAAGACAACCUUCGUUGACUGCAUAUGGGAUAGCAGCACGAAAAAGGAUGAGAUCAUAACCAAGAUAAUGAUUUCGGAAUGGGCUGAGACUCACCGAUCACAGCUUGAGACUCCCGUCCUGCACGGGGUACGCGUCACCGUGUCGGGGUUGUCAAACUCGGCCAGAGCAGAGGUAAAGAUGCGAGUCGACCGUCUGGGAGGACAGUACUUUGGAGAUCUGAACGCCGCGUGCUCUGUGUUGAUCGCACCCGCCGCCAAGUCCAAUAAGAAACAAGAUUUCGCCCGCAAGCAUCGCAUCCCAAUAGUAUAUCCGAACUGGCUGGAGAGUUGUGAGAAGCACAGGAGUUGCGUCGGGACUUCACAGUAUCAAGUCGGCAAACCUGAACUGAGUGAACCAUUAAAUAAGAUACCAAACACUUUCGAAGAAAAGAAGCAUCAAAUAUCACCGACCAAACGGAAAAACAAGCUUACUGCUGGCGCAGAAAGCGGCACCAGGAAGGAACGUAGACUACAACCACAGAUGGCCUGUGCUCGCAGCCGAAAGAUCAGCACUCAGAAGUUGGAGCUGGUCACGGAUGCAGAGGGAGCGUGCGUAGCGGAGAAAGAAAGCCGAUGUUUAGGAAGCACUUACAUAUACUUCAGUGGGAUCAAAGACACGCCACGCAUGCUCAACCUGCGACAGAUACUCAUUGCUAAUGGUGGGACACGUCUAUCACGGCUGUCCAACACCGUUACGCAUGUGAUCAUUGGGGGUAUCGAGAAACCCGACCUCAGGCAACUGAUUGCGAUGGAGGAUCCCCCGGUAUUGGUGACUGCUGCAUGGUUGGUCCACUGCCACUUAGAAGAACGGUUUGUCCCCACUGGCGACUACGAAUUGAAACUCAACGCCACAGAAGGCGCAGCUGGCAUCGAUAUCAUGGGCUCAGACACUUGCUUUGAUGUGCCGGGGUAG